CCGCCAGUCAAGUGAAGCCGAAGCCCCGGAGCAAGUCGCGAGCAAGAGCCGCAGGCUGGAACGCUGGAACUGCGCCGCGCGGUCCCGCCUUGCUUUUGCAUCGGCCGCGAUCCGCGAUUAGCAGUGCAGUGCCCAGUGCGACGGCGGCUGAUCGCCCCCCGCAGCGUCUUGUCACGCGCGUCACAGGCCGUCACGCACGUCACGAGAAAGCACAGGCACGCAGGACGCGCCGCCGCGCCGCGCUCAACGCGAGGGAGCGAGACAGACGAUUAGUGCGGGUCCAGUGAUGCGUUGUGCGCUUAUGUGCGUUCAAGGAACGGGUAUGCGACGACGCCGAGUACAGCGGCAAGAGUAUGCAGCCUUUCUGACAGUGGUUGGCAAUGAACAACUUGCAUUCUAGUGAAUUCCCUGAUAUUCAAGAUGAAACUCAUACUGAAAUCAAAAGUUUUGGGACUGGCAUAAGCGAUAAUUUGUUCGCUGAGAAACGUCCACUUCCUGGCCUCCUCUGUCUCAGACGUGGUUGUGAACAUUUGCAGUUUAGCAGUGAAGCGCAACAUCAUAAUCAUCUCUUGACCCAUAUUACAUUGCCAACUGUGAAUGUUAAAAGGCUAAAUUUGGCCAGCACCUGUAUACAAAAACAAGAACCUCUGAAGGUUCGAUUGAAAUUGACAAGUCAGGCAGGGUCAAACAAACCUGAAUUUGAGGAGUUUCAAACUAACUCGUGGAUUAAGAAAUUGAAAGAAAGUGGUGACUUGAGAUCAAACUUUUCUUACCAGUUGUUUCAAAAUGAUUUUCCUUACGAUGAGGUAGUGCACUCCAAAAAAGUUCUGUUGGGGCCAGGGGGAGUAUAUUGCUUGAACGGUGUUGAGGAAGAAGUGAAAACAGAGUUCCUUGAGAACAGUAUAACGUCUGAACCUCAGCGGCCUUCCGCAAGGGAGCCAGUUACUACUUCCGAGCUGGACGAGCCCACUUUGAGCUCACCUACUGAGGAGAGGGUUGAUAGGGACCAUCAAAGAGAACAGGAAGAAGACCACCCUCAGAACAAGGACAAUCCAGAGGAAACCUCUCAAGAGGAAGAAGAAGAAGAAGACAGCGAAGCUGAAGCUGAGAGUCCACCCCCUGUGCCCUCACCUUCACCCUUAUCACCUACUCCCAGUGAAGUUCUUAGGCCACACGGUUUCCUAGCGCCUGAGCAGGUGGUUGAUGACGAUUCUUGUUACCCAAAUUCUCCAGCUUCUCCUACAAGAAUGGUGGAAAUGAAUAGCUCAACUUCGGCCAUUGGGGGAUCUGAUAAUGACAGUGGGCAUUCUAGAUCGCCUGCUACCUUUACAGGAACGGGGUCAGGUGGCGAAGAAGACUCAUCAGCUCAACAAAGAUAUGAUUGGGAAGAUUUAGUAGGGGAGUCCACAGGACAUGAAAGUAAUGAAUCAGUUGCCUCAAACGAGAAUGGGGACACUCAUGGAAGUCCAGCAACACACGAUGAUGUAGCAGCAGUGUUGGACAGCACCAAUGUCGCCUCAAACUUGCUUGAAAGUGAUCCAUUGCUUCUACCAGACAAUGCUGGUUCUGCUGAAGGGGAACAAGAUAACCUAAAUCUCCUACAGAAUUUAACAGCAGAUGUUCCAGAUGUUGAUCGAGGGGCAGGAGGUGAGACUGAAUACAUGUCAUUAGAUCGACUUGCGGAAUCUUCCUUCUGCUGUGAUGUAUGUGGUGAACGUGCUCAAGAUCGGAGAAGUUUGGAAGAGCAUCGUACCAUGGCAGGCCACUUUAAAUGUCUUAUUAUGCCUGAAUGUGGCUCAACAAUAUGGAGGACAUCAGGGGAACUGGCAGCUCAUCAGACUUCAAUUCAUGGGUUGGGCCAGCCCCAAGUUCAGCAGUCUCAGCAGUCACCACAACAACGUUCCACUCCUCCCCAGACUUCUCCUCAAGGUGCCCCUGGCACACCCCCAGUACAGCAGCUUGCACAACAAGUCCAAAGACUUGCAAUGCCCCCACAGGCACAAUAUCCCAUGCCGGGUGGCCAGUAUCCACAGCAACAAAUGCAACCGCAAAUGCAACCCCAAAUGCAACCACAAAUGCAAAUGCCACCCCAAAUGCCACCCAAUAUGCAACCCCAAAUGCCACCCAAUAUGCAACCCCAAAUGCCACCCCAAAUGAUGCAACAGAUGGGACCAGGGCCUCUACCAGGUCAGAUGCCUCAGAGAAGACCACCUAUAGGCUACCGGAUGCCGUUGCCAGGGCAACCCUAUGGUCCUGGGUCUCCAAAUCAGCCACAACCUGGCUUUUCUGGGGGCAUACAGCCACGCCCCUUGAACGCUCUUCAGGCUCCAGUGAGAGGCCCGGCACCAGGCCGACUACCACCAGGUGCUGGCAUGCCGCCGAGAGGCAUGGGUCCCAUGCCCAUGCGUGGGCAGAAGCGGCCAGGUCCUGUACCACAAGCAGGACGAGGAAUGGUGCCUCCAGCAGCCAAGCAGCGGAGAGUGGAGGGCAUGUUGCCACCCCAACAAGACAACAUUCCGGGAAAGAAGAGUGAUGCGAAAGCGGUGGCCAACAUCCUCGCCACGAGGGGCAUCACCGUCACCCCUGCCAGUGGCGCUGGCGGCGGCCGAGGCGGGGGCGUGGCCAGUGCAGCCGCUGCGCAAGUGGCUCACGCACGGCAGCGGCAGAACAUGCAAGCCCCAGCCCCUCCUGCACCGGUCACCACACUCAACCUCAACUCGGCCAUCUCCAUCAUACCCACCACUGGCUCAGGGAACGGCAGGCAGCAAAACAACUCAGGGUUUGCUGUGCCACAAGUUCGAUCAGCGGGGAGACAGCCUUUAACCACAAAUGUCGACAGACCACCUCGUCCUCCAACUGUUGACCUCACUGGAGAUGGCCCUCCACCAGGUUCAACAAGGCUGCAAAUGGGGCUCACCUACAAUCGAGGCAGGGGUGGAAGGCCCUCCAAUAUGUCCCGCACAUCAUGUCAAAUUUGUGACAAGGUGUUUCCCUCUCCUGAAGCGCUCAACCAGCACAUGGCUAUGCAUCGUGGCCCUGGAAAGCUGCCCUUUAGGUGUAAUUUAUGCAAUGCACAGUACCCUACCAGCCAAGGCCUUCAACAGCAUCGCCAAACAUAUCACAAGGAGGCUUCAGGGAUGACAGCACCUCUCGCCCCUGGGGAGGAAAUGGUCAUUCCUCUCAUAGAUCUCAAACAGCCAGGAGUUGCUUCAAGAUUGAGCUCUUUGGGCAUUCAUCACUGCAUCCCCCUGUCUGGCCUCGGCAAUCAGGCCAACGGAUAUUUCUCACUUCCUGUUGUCUCCAUUGAUGGUUCCCGCCAAUCAGCAGCGGGUAAUUUGCGAUCACUUGGUGCUAGUGGGGUUCUCUCUAUUGGUCCUAUAAAGCUUGUCCCUAAGUAAGGAUACUGGCUAUGUCAAAAUUUGACCUUUUAGUAUGCCAAAGAAAAUUUUAAAGUAUUACUUUUUUUUUAAUGUUCAGUGGAAGGCAAACUGCCACAAAGUACAUUUUAAAAAAUAUGCAUUAAAUACUUAGGCCUUUGAUGAAGGCCUUUUAAGGUUCCUAUGUAAAAAGAUACUAGUGAUAACUGAAAUGAGUUGAUAUACAUUUUGAUAAUGGUAGCUGGUUCUGUGUCUGCAUAUUGUUAUCUGACUGACUUAUUUUAGUGCUCUUUUUAAUCACUAAGAAUGAAGAUCUAUUCCUCCCCAUAACAUGCACCAAAUUACUUAAAGAAGUCUUCUUAACUCAUUCAUUGUGGGUAUAAGUGUUGCACAAAUUUGGCCUGAAGUCAAUGCCUUAAGAUAUUGUAUUACCUGAAUCUUCUUCGUACAAUUUGUGUGUUUGGUGUGAUCUCAGAAAUAUUAAGAGCUGAUGAGCAAAUUGUGUAGGUGAUAAACUCGUUUUGUCUUGUCAUCAAAUUUGGUUCUGUAGUAGUAUAUGUGUUUGUGUCUUUUAAACUCACAAUUUUUAAAUUGUGCUUGAUGUUAUGAGUAAUGAAUUUCCCAAAGGGUUAUGUUAGUUAUAAGUGGCUUUCCACUACAGUAUCUUCUUUAUUUGUUUCAGUAUUUUUGUAAUCCUGAGAUUACAUUUAUUUACCGGAAAUGGUUGUGUUUCCUUUUUAAAAUAUUUUUUAAUGAUCUGCUGUAUACUUUCAUUUUCUUGGCUCAUGAAUAGUACCCACAUUUCUUUUCUACAAUUUGUGUACCAUAUUUUGUGUCAAGAAAUACAACUGUUGUUUUAUUUUUCAAUAUUUUACGUUUGUUGUUCAAACUUAGGGUUUAAUUAACUACAGCCUGUAGUUCAUGUGUACUGUAUUUGCUUUACUGAUAACCAGUAUCAACUUCUUUGCCCUUAGGUUUUGUGUUUUCUUUAGUUCUUGAACAAAUUUACCUGUACUUUAUUAGUAGGUGUAAUGAAGUGCUACUUCAGUGUCCAUUAAUGUGCUACUUAAUGCAUUUUUUUUGUAGAUAUCCUUUGUCUUAUAUCUGCCCCUUAUACAUAAUUUCAGACAGUGGCAUUUAAAAAGAUUAUAAAAUCAUGAGUUACUUCAAUGAAGGAAAGUGAAUCUUUCCCUCCAAGGUUUGUUGUUAGUGGUCCUCAGUUAAGAUAAGUACAGCUUAGUGCACGGCUCAAAUAUAUUUUUAUGAGUCAUCUGUAAAUAACAUUGUUUAUACAUUCUACACAAGCAUGGCAUAUUGUUUCUUUAAAAAUAAUGUUAACGACUGAGAAGUUGUAUCCUGUGCCAUUCAGACUGUGAUAAACUUAGAGUGUGUUUACUGUCCAAAUAACCCCUAAUAAUAAUAAUAAAUGUGUAUAAGAAUUAAA